AUGAGCAAGCAGUGCCGAGCACAUUAUUUCUAUGAUGUAAGUGCCCUUCCCGGUCACCCCUGGGGCUGCGGUGGACACCCAGGGGACAAAAAUGUGAAGGAGCUUUGUGAACCGUGGAUCCUAGUGCGCCUGAAUGAGUUGUUACUAAAAACAGAGUGCGAGGGAGGAGAGGCCGAGUGGCCCGGCGCGACAGGAGGCCGCCGGGCCAGGACCACUGGCCGGAUGCUGCGAGGCCAGUGGUCUGGCUCCACCUGCGACGGACUGCCGGUGGCCGGAGGGCGCCGGGGCUGGCACUGGGGGCGCGGCGGCGAGGGCGCCCGGGCUUCGGCGUGGGCGGUUCGGGGCUGGGCUACCCAGGGUGCAAAUAGCUAUGGGCAACUUGGCCUUGGCCAUAAGGAAGAUGUGCUUUUGCCCCAGCAACUGAAUGACUUCUGUGGACCUAGGUGUAUCAGGAGGAUCACGGGAGGAGGGGGCCAUUCUGCAGUUGUGACAGAUGGAGGAGGCCUUUUUGUUUGUGGCCUGAACAAAGAUGGGCAGCUGGGACUUGGACACACAGAGGAUGUCCUGUUUUUUACCCCCUGCAAAUCCCUCCUUGACUGUCCCAUUCAGCAGGUGGCCUGUGGCUGGGAUUUUACCAUUAUACUCACAGAAAACGGUCAAGUUCUAUCAUGUGGAUCCAACUCCUUUGGUCAGUUAGGAGUUCCUCAUGGACCUCGAAGAUGUGUGGUUCCCCAACCCGUUGAGCUGCUGAGAGAGAGGGUUGUUUGUGUUGCUGCUGGACUGAGGCAUGCGUUAGCUGCUACAGUGAGUGGCAUCGUGUUCCAGUGGGGAACUGGUUUGUCAUCAUCUGGACGACGGUUGUGCCCUGGGCAGACUCUUCCAUUGUUUUUGAUGGCAAAGGAACCAAGCAGAGUGACAGGUCUAGAGGAUUCUAAAGCCAUAUGUGUUCUUGCUGGCUCAGACCACUCAGCUUCGUUAACAGAUGUAGGAGAGGUGUGUGUUUGGGGGAGCAAUAAGCAUGGGCAACUGGCUGCCCAGGCCGCUUUCCUUCCUGUGCCCCAGAAAAUAGAAGCGUGUUGUUUUCAGCAUGAAAAGGUCACUGCCGUCUGGAGUGGGUGGACACACCUGGUUGCGCGGACAGAAACUGGCAAGGUGUUUACCUGGGGCCGAGCAGACUAUGGCCAACUGGGGAGGAAGUUGGAGGCUCUCAAAGGCUGGAAACUAGAAAAGCAAGACUCACCCCUCCCCUGCUCAAGACCGCAGAACAGCACGCCUUCAUCUCUGCAUUGCUUAACGGGAGCAACUGAGAAAUCUACCACGAGCGAUCAGCUGAGUCCAGAGGGCUCUGACAGAAUUGAACACAACCUGAAAAAGUAUUCCCAAGUGGCUCUCUGUCAGUGCUUCUCAUUCUCAGGCCAGUUCAGGAAUGAGUAUUUCCACGUUUCCUGGUGUGUGGUCUUCAGAUGCCCUGCACACCAGUGCAGACAGGAUGUGGCCCUGCAUUGUGCUUGGACAGCCCUGGAGUUUCUUACAAAGGCCAUUGGUGUGAGGGUCCUAGUCCUUCAGCCCUGCGCAGUUUACCAGGAAGGUGAAGGCCAUGUGAUGUGGACGUGGAGCCAGGCACUGAUACUGGAAAAGGAUGCAGUCACACAGGCUUCUCAUCUGUUUACCUACCUGCCCUCCCCACCUUUGGCCCUGCUUGUGAAAGCCAUCUUAUUCUGUGGUUAUGAAGAGAUUCUGGAAGCUUCUCAAGAUCAGGUCUUCCGGGGCAGCAGAGGUGGCAAGAGGCUCCUAUCCCCAUCAACGUUUGUGCUAACAUGUUCCAGGGCCUUCUAG